AUGAAACGUAAGGUGAAAGUAGAAGUGUCAAAGGCCAAACAAGGGGAUAAUGAUGAGUUUUAUGCUAGGUCAAGUAGUAAAGAGGGAGAGACAGACCUGUACAGAUUACCAAGAAAGAGAGACCGAGAUGGGAAGGACAUGCAGCAGGUUAGGGUGAUCAAGAAUAGGGAUGACAGGCCUGUUGCCAAACUGACAGCAGGAACAACAACUGUGUCAGUAGGAGACAGAGUGACACUGAGCUGCUCUGUGGAUGAAUCUGCUGGUUGGAAAUAUGAGUGGUUCAGAAGAACCUCAUAUUUAUCUGAAUACAGAAUAAAUGAUGGAGAAAAUGGAGAAAUCAGAGUCUUACAAGGAGGAAUCUACAGCUGCAGAGGAUUUAGAGGAGAACCAGCCUUCUACUCUGAUAGAAGUGAUGAAGUCAACAUUCAGAUAACCUUUUCCAACAAAGUCAUUGCGACACAGAAACCCAGCUGGUCUCAGAUGUUCAGAGGAGAGACGAUCACUCUGACAUGUGAGGUUCAGGGAGGAGAAGGAGUUCAGUGGGAGUAUGAAUGGAGAACUCCUCAGUCACAGACAUUCAAGACAAACAAUAAAGACUGGACUAUCACAGCUUCCAUCAGUGGAGAAUACAGCUGUAAGAGCAGAUCCAGAUAUGAUUCAUACUCUUCAACAAACUGGAGUGAAGCUGUCAGGUUACAUGUUUUAGCAUACAAACCAAAGGCUGAACUGAAGAUCACAAAGUCUCCAGUAGGGGACAGAGUGACCCUUAAAUGUUCAGUGAAACCUUCAUCAUCUGGUUGGAGUUUCUUCUGGUUCAGAGAAGAGCAAUCCUCCAAACUGCUGACCAAACAAGAUGCUGUUUUCCUUUCAAAUGGACAAAUCAGAGUCUCACAGGAAGGAGUUUACAGAUGCAGAGGAGGAAGAGGAGAACCAGUUUAUCUCUCAGACUUCAGUGACCCAAUCACCAUUGGUGAACCAGAGCCAGAACCCGAACCUGUCCUGAGAGUGUCUCCACGGUGGUUGAGUCCUGGAUCCUCAGUGACUCUGAGCUGUCAGGUUGAACAUGAGUCUGCAGGAUGGAGCUUCUACUGGUAUAAAGCUGUUCCUGAUCUAUCACACAAGUCUGGCUCUUACAGCUAUGAGCUGCUGCCUGCUAGCUCCAAUGGGACUGCAGACAACUCCUACAUCAUUCAUGGACAGACACACACAGCAGGAUAUGUGUGCAGAGCUGGAAGAGGAGAGCCACACGUCUACACUCUUUACAGUCAACCUCACUUUGUCUGGUCUGGAGAUCUUCAUCCAUCAGCGUCUCUCUCAGUGAGUCCUGACAGAGUCCAACACUUCACCUCUGACUCUGUCUCUCUGACCUGUGAGGGAAACUCUGCUGAGUGGAGAGUUAGCAGCUUUCUGCUUCCUGACUUGCUGUCCUUCUGUUCUGACUGGGGAACAAUGAAUGGAUCAACAUGUCAUGUUCAGAAGAUCCAGUCCAGUAAUGCAGUGUUCUGGUGUGAGUCUGGAUCAGCAUUCAGCAACGCAGUCAACAUCACUGGACACAAUGAUGAUCUGAUCCUGCUGAGUCCUGUCCAUCCUGUGACUGAGGGACAUUCUGUUACUCUUGGCUGCAAGUGGAGGACAGAAAAUCUUCUUUCUAAAGUGUUUUUCUAUCAGAAUGACACAUUAAUCCAAAGUGAGAGCAGAGUGGAGAUGAUCAUCCCUGCAGUGUCAAAGUCACAUGAAGGCUUCUACAAGUGUCAGUCCUCAGGAAAAGAAUCUCCACAGAGCUGGUUAGCAGUCAAAUCAUCCAGACCUGACAGCUCUUCAUUUCCUGUUCUGUUGAUUAUUGGAACAGUUUGUGUCUUUUUGCUGAUGAUUUUUCCACUGAUGUUUUAUUUAAAUAAAAAGUCAAAAGAUUCAACCUCCAUCAGCAGGUCUGAUGAGCAAAAUCAGAAUAGAGUUCCAAAUGAGAUUGAUAGUCAACACCAAAGAUAUGCCUCUCUCCUCCAUGGCGAUGUUGCUCCCUAUGAGUCACUCAGAGUCCCUGAAGACACGAGCGGUAAUACAGAAUAUGCCAACAUCGGUAAUCUGAGGUGGUGAAAAAUAAUGAAGAAAAAGGGAGCUGCCAGCUUUUUUACUCGAGAACUCCAAGACCGCAACCUGGAUUUAGACUUCUAUAAACCCAGAAAAACAAAUUUCUUAUCCUUCUGUAGCUGCUGAACAAGACAAAUAAACUGCAAAAACUUUUUCACAUUUUAUUUGAUUUUUAAAAUAGUAUUUGAGUACACACAAUUAUUUGGUACCUGUAGCAACUUUUCUGAACAAGUUUCAUGGCAACACUUACAGAUGUGCAUGAACACACACAUGCACACAGGGGACUAGGUUUUUGGUCCCCACUCCAAAACUGGUCCCCAUUUUGUGACUCUGUAACCAGACAGCUGUACCCACAAUGUCAUAAAUACCAACACACACACAGCUGUUAGUAUUUUUGUAUUAGGCAAUUUUAUUUUGUAAUACCUAUACAAACAACAGUUGUCUUGUUCUGUAGUUAGUUCCAAAUUGCAUUACAUCACAGCAAUAAAUAUUUGAUU